GAAUGGGAAGGGGAAUUUGUAUAGUUGUUGGUUAGACAGUAUCCCCAGUUAGACUUCAAGUGAGUUGGCUAACCGAGUGAAUUAAUGGUACUAUUACUUCCCAAAUAGGGAGUUAAUGUUUUGUUAACUACAGAGUGUAAAAGGGCUCUGAUACUUCAAAGUCCUUUGCCUACUGAGUAGAGAAUGUAAAGGUUGUCAGUCAGAGAUAAUUGCACUGGAAGUUUAUUAUUCUCUGUAUUCCACAGAAGAAAAUAAAACUGCACAAGAAAACACACAUUAAAAUAUUUUGUGAGGUUAGACGUUCAGUAUUUUCCAUCUUUCCUUAUUUUUCUUAGUUUCACAUUCUUUGUGUCAUGAGAAAAGAUAACAGCUUGAUUUCAUUAUGCAGGCUCAGUCUGGAUGUUUCAGGUGAAGAUAUACAGGAAUGACAAGAUAAACCUUCUUUUUCUUUUGAGAUCUAUGGAUGUGCAAGAUGUCUGCAUUUGCAAAUUGUAAAUCAAGCUGUUUGAGUGCAAAUAUGUGAAAAGCAGCUUUCAACAUUUAAUUUCUGAUGUCUUCACUUCUAUCUCCAAUUGUCCACAUUGCUGACCACAUGUCUAGGUGUGCGUGAAGAGAAGAUUGUUUUCUUCUGUCAGGUUUUAUAUCAUGAAGGAAAAAGUCCUUAACCUUGUUUGGUGGGUUGCUUUAGUAUAAGUCCUACAUUUCAUGUGGCUCAACUUAAUUUUCAGCUGAUUAGGGUAAACCCUGACAAAUGACAUCUGGAUGAACAGAGUAUCCAUCCUAUCACCCACAUCCUUACAUCUGAAUUUUUUUUGUGAGCAAACUACUCUUAAGUGACUGGAGCAGCUGAAACCACCACACAGACACCACUAAGCAGAAUAAAUUUUGCAGAGAGCAAAUGAUCCAGGGUCACAGAGGUCCUGUAGUUUUGUUUGCAGUGAAACUGAGCAUUAACUUUUUUUUCAGAAAGGUCUGGCAGGCAGAAAAGAAGUGUAUGCUAGUUACAUGUUACUUCAUUGUGUGUUAAGCUGAUGACCAGAUAGAAUUGAGUAACAUUUGUCAAUAAAUGAGAGUGAAACUUUUGUGCAAGGAGAUAAAAUUAAGACAUUAUUCUGAAUUAAAUACUUGGAAAACCAGCAUGAGAGGUUCAUGAUGCUUUUAGUUCUUUACUUAAUCUGUGUACAUUUUUUUUUUGAAAUCAUAUAUAUUAUUUGAAUAAGCACUAUUUAGUCUGCCAUAGAAACAUGCUUUUCCACUUCCCUCCACCCAUGUUUUCUCUUUCCAUGUGUUUGAUUUUUUAAACUUUGAUUGUACCCUGAUAUAAAAGGCUGCAGGUUAAAAACCUACUUUAACAAUUCCUGCAUUUAUAAAAUACUGCCUUUUUAUCACACACAGACCUCCCAUUAACUUAUACACUACACCUUACAACUGUGUCCAAAGAAGCAACUGAUGGAAACCUUGCAGUAAAAAGCACAAAAAUCUUGUGCCAUAGGAUAAAACAAGCAUGUCAUCCAUUCAUUUUUUAACUGGCAGAGAAAAACACAGUCCUGGAGAGCCAACAACACAUGAACUUCCUGACCUUUGUACUGUGAUAGUUUCUGUAAUUAUUGAAUAGUGGGGAUGGGCUGAGGGCUAAGGAGGGGAAUUUGGGGGUUGGCCUUAGCAGUGAGAUAAGGCUACAUAUAAGGGAGCUGCAGCAGGUUUGGGAACAUUAACAGGGUAUUUUCCUGGCGUGCAGCUCAGCGAGUCUGGAUCCUGAAAUCAUGAGCCAGUGCCCCUUCGCGGGGAAGAAUUACCUAUUUAAUUUUAGCAAGCUAUCUUUGGAAGAUGAAAAUGAUGACAAAUCUCAAGAAGGAAUAAAUAAAGCCAGCAAAGGUGGGCUUAUCUAUGGAGAAUACCUACAACUGAACAAAAUAUUGAAUGCUCAAGAACUUGAGAGUGAGAAGAAAGGGAAAAAAAUCCAUGAUGAGCACCUUUUCAUUGUGACACAUCAAGUAUAUGAACUUUGGUUUAAGCAGAUUUUGUGGGAAAUGGACUCUGUGCGAGUGAUCUUUCAAAAUGGUCACGUAAGAGAUGAGAGGAACAUGCUGAAGGUUAUUACUAGAAUGAACAGAAUUUCACUGAUUCUGAAAUUACUUGUGGAACAGUUCUCAGUUUUGGAAACUAUGACUGCACUGGAUUUCUUUGAUUUCAGAUACUACCUAAGCCCAGCCUCAGGUUUUCAGAGCCUGCAGUUUCGCUUGCUGGAGAACAAGAUUGGUGUUCCUCAAAGCCUGAGAGUCCCUUAUAACAGAAGGCAUUACCGUGAUAACUUCAAGGGACAGGAUCGUGAACUACUGCUUCAAUCAGAGCAAGAACCAACACUUCUGCAACUUGUGGAGGCAUGGCUGGAAAGAACUCCAGGACUUGAUGCAGAAGAAUUUGAUUUCUGGGGACAAUUUGAAGAGAAUGUUUUAAAAGGCCUAGAGGAGGAAUUUGCCUUGAUACAGGCCAAAGCAGAAUCAGAAGAAAAAGAUGACUUAUUGUCCGAAUUCCAAAAACAGAGAGAUGUAUUACUUUCGUUAUUCGAUGAAAAACGCCAUGAACAUCUGCUCAGUAAAGGAGAGAGACGACUGUCCUACAAAGCACUGAAGGGGGCCUUGAUGAUCUACUUCUACAGGGAGGAGCCCCGUUUCCAGGUUCCCUUUCAGCUUCUUACCUCCCUUAUGGAUCUUGAUGUGCUCAUGACUAAAUGGAGAUAUAACCAUGUCUGUUUGGUGCACAGAAUGAUUGGCAGCAAGGCUGGCACUGGAGGCUCAUCAGGCUACCACUACUUGCGUUCAACAGUGAGUGACAGAUACAAGGUGUUUGUGGAUUUGUUCAAUCUUUCAACAUUUCUAGUGCCAAGACACUGGAUACCAAAGAUGAACCCAAGCAUUCACAAAUUCCUUUACACAGCAGAAUACUGUGACAGCUCCUACUUCAGCAGUGAUGACUCUGACUAGCCUGCCUUUCUAGGCUAGUUGCUGUAAAAAACUUCCUGACUUUCACCUUGAGUGGUGCUCCCAGCCAUUCCCACAAAGAGUGUGGGUGUGUAAAUAUGUAUUUAUGUAUGACAGCUUUGUGAAUAGUACAAUUGGCUUGUGGAAGAAAUUAACUGCUUGUAGAAAAAAUAAAUCUGUAUUGAGUUAGCCUAUGUUAGGAGAAAAAUGAUACCUCAAUUCAACCCAAUGACCAAUUUAACUCUCAGUUGGCUUCUUAAAGCCUACACCUAGAUAAAGGGAGAAAAUUACAGGCAGUUAUGAUCAUGACUUUAUUUAUACAUAUUUUUGUAUUUGGUUGUGUGCCUAAUGGUUGUUAUUAAUUUAUGUCUAGCUGAGGAUAUAAUCAAUCUCAUCACCUUCAGAAGAAUGUUAGGUUUCUGAGCUCUAGAGCAAUUUCAAAAGGAAUUUUGGAUUAAAAGUUUCAAAAGCUAGAUUCAAAGAAGUAAGUAAGUCCUGAAUCUACAGAAACCAAACCAUCCUGAACUUGUAAUACAUCAACAAUCAUGUUAUCUCUUCAUGUGUGAAUGUAAAUCCCUUAUGUAGAAAUACUGUUAAAAAUAGCAGAUGCAAGUACUUAUUUGCAUUUCAAAUAAAGCAGUAUUAAAGCUCAUCUUUUGUUGUCUUCUUCUAAAGCAAACUAUAAAGUGCAAACAAGAGUAUGGCAGGCAUUUAAAGUGAUUUUUAUUCAAAUUGGUAUAUAAUAAAAGGCAACUUUGGCUAUAGAAUAUCGAUAAUGCAGUGUCAUCUUCCCAUUGAAAGGACUUUUCUCUUUUUAAGUGCUUCCUUUGGAAAGACACAAGCACUGUAGGCUGGGAUUUCUGGUAAGUUCUCUCUACCACAGCACUUCAGGUACUUAUACCCGGCAGUAGUACCUCAAAAACACUGGAGGCACGUCUGUGUUUCAUAUUGCUAUGACUACAUUACUCUCCUCUAUGCCCAUUGGGGACUUUGUUUUCCAGUUAUGGAAGUGUGCUAUCUGUUGUUUGUAAGUCACUCAGGGAAGGCCAGACUAUACAACAUUCGUGAGUACAAAAGACUUCAUAUUUUUUAAAACUGAAGUUUUCAGCCAAGUAAAUUCAGUAAGUAGCAAAACUUGAAGAAACAUCAUACUUGGUCUUCCUUUCAUUUUAAAUAUUAACAGUUAGAAGGACUAAACCAAUAGACAAUUAUAAAUACUCAUUGCAUUUGUCAUUAAAAGAUUAUUAAAAAAUUAAUCUAAAACCAUGGCAGAGUAAUUGAGUGCAAAAAUUACAGAAUUGCUUCAAUACCUUUUGUAGUCAGCCACCUUAAAAGAUACAGGUAAAGCAUUCCAGGUGAAAAAUUCAGAGCAUUUUAGAGUUACAUGUUUCAUUGUGAGUCCUAGCUGCAUUUGCC